CAGCCAGAGCCCGCGGUUUCACAGCCCCUGUCCCAUGGCCAGGUCUCCCCACCGCGCCGCGGGCCGGCGACUGCACCUGCCCCUGCUGUGCCUCUUCUUCCAGGGCGCCACCGCCAUCCUCUUUGCCAUCUUUGUCCGCUACAACCACGAAACCGACGCUGCCCUCUGGCACUGGGGCAACCACAGUAACGCGAACAAUGAGUUUUACUUUCGCUACCCAAGCUUCCAGGACGUUCAUGCCAUGGUCUUCGUGGGCUUCGGCUUCCUCAUGGUCUUCCUGCAGCGUUAUGGCUUCAGCAGCGUGGGCUUCACCUUCCUCCUGGCCGCCUUUGCUCUGCAAUGGUCCACACUGGUGCAGGGCUUCUUCCACUCCUUCCAUGGUGGCCAUAUCCAUAUUGGUGUGGAGAGCAUGAUCAACGCUGACUUCUGUGCGGGGGCCGUGCUCAUCUCCUUCGGCGCCAUUCUGGGCAAGACCGGGCCUGCCCAGCUGCUGCUCAUGGCCCUGCUAGAAGUGGUGCUGUUUGGCAUCAAUGAGUUUGUGCUCCUCACUCUCCUGGAGGUCAGAGAUGCUGGAGGCUCCAUGACCAUCCACACGUUUGGUGCCUACUUUGGCUUGGUUCUCUCAAGGGUCCUCUACAGGCCCCAACUGGAGAAAAGCAAACACCGCCAGAGCUCUGUCUACCAUUCGGACCUCUUUGCCAUGAUUGGAACCAUCUUCCUGUGGAUCUUCUGGCCUAGCUUCAACUCUGCACCCACCUCGCUGGGUGAUGUGCAGCAUCGGACAGCCCUCAACACGUACUAUUCCCUGACUGCAAGCACCCUCAGUACCUUCGCCUUGUCGGCCUUUGUCAGUGGUGAUGGGCGACUGGACAUGGUCCAUAUCCAGAAUGCAGCGCUGGCUGGAGGGGUUGUGGUGGGGACAUCAGGUGAAAUGAUGCUGACACCCUUUGGGGCUCUGGCAGCUGGCUUCCUGGCCGGGACUGUCUCCACCCUUGGGUACAAGUUCUUAACGCCUGUUCUUAAGUCAAAAUUCAAAGUUCAAGACACAUGUGGAGUCAACAACCUCCAUGGGAUGCCAGGGGUCCUGGGGGCUCUCCUGGGAGUCCUUGUGGCUGGACUGGCCACCCACGAAGUUUACGGGGAUGGCCUGGAGAGUGUAUUUCCACUCCUAGCUGAGGGCCAGCGCAGUGCCAGAUCUCAGGCCAUGUACCAGCUCUUGGGGCUGUUUGUCACACUGGUGUUUGCCUUCAUGGGCGGGCUCCUUGGAGGGCUCUUGCUGAGGCUGCCCUGCCUGGACUCCCCCCCAGAUUCCCAGUGCUACGAGGACCAGAUUUAUUGGGAGGUACCUGGGGAGCAUGAGCAUGAAGUCCAGGAAGCUCUGAAUGUGGAGGAAACAGACACCCAGGCCUGA